AUGGCCGAAGUCAUAGGCCUCGCAGCUAGCAUCAUCCAGAUCGCGGGGGCUGGUGCCAAGCUCAGCGUCGCGUUGUACAACUUCACGAACUCAGCCGCGCGGGCAGACCAAGACGUCAAGGACAUUGCCGAUGAUGUAGAGCUCACAUCGAAUGCGCUCGAAAGCGUAGGCAGAGUGUUUGAGUCCGAGGAGGCCGGAUCCAUCGUGUCGAAGAAGGCUAUCCAGGACGCUAACAACAUCAUCAAAAAGUGCCAAAGCGUCUUCGACGAAGUAUCAGAAAUAGUAGAGAAGAGGAGAAAUACUGCAAAGGAUGGAAAGAAAAGCUUGAGCGUGAUGGGUAAGCUGGCCUGGCCGAUGAAGGAACAGCGGGUCGAAUUGAACCGAAGGAGACUUGAGAGUUUGAAGAACAGCCUUGUGCUUUUGUUGCAUGUCUUGCAAUUAGCCCAAGGUCAGGCGCGAGGAAAAAUGGAAAAAGGUGUCUUGGAUGAAGAGCGUGAGAAGAUCCGCGAACUGCACCAGCGACAGCAGGACUCACUCAAAAGCCUGCAAGCUCUCGAAAACAGAUUCUGUCAUAUCGCAAUCAAUGACGAAGAAACCCUUCGAGGAUCAAGCGCCGCCUCUCGUGUUCCAACUUUGGAGCUUAUGACCAGCGCUCCCGUUAUGGAUCUCCCUCCGCUAGAAAAGCCCGCAAAGCCACAGAAAGACACCAUUACCAUCGACCUUUCAACCGCAGAUGAUCCAGACACUUCUGAUAGCGACGCUACGAUGUCAGGCGGUGACAAUGAGGAGCAGAUCUCGACCGAAGAACUAGCAAAAGCAGCGGACCAUGUGAAGAAACUUCUGAAGCGCAUCACGAUGCUACAAAAGAACUUCGAUGUCGACAAGAAGAAACAUCGGAAGCGACACGUGCACAAGAUGUACCAACGCUUUUGUCGCAAAUUUGAAUCGGGUAUCAAACUUCCGUCAGCUGGCGACGCUCCGAAGUUUGCCCCAUUCAUCGACUUCGAUAUGAACGAUAACGGAGGCCAAUUAGAGAGCUUUGACUUUGACAGCUUUCUUCACGUUUCGGACGAGAGCACGCAGUUUCCAUUGGAUGAUUUCCAUUUCAGCCAAGGGCAGCGUGCAGUACCUCAGCAGACACCCAAUCUCGAUGCCAUAUCGUCGACGCAGAGCUCACAGCACCCGCCUCUUGUGUCCCCUGAAUCCGUGGAAACGAUUCCAUCAUUUGAUGCGCAAACGCCCCAUUAUCCUCCAGUGCCGAGUGGAAGUGCAGCCUCAGACUUUCCAUUGCAUCUGUCUGGUCAGCAACAACGACCUAGUUUUGGUCAAGGACAGUCAUCACUGGCUCAGCAGACUUCUGAAACAUCAUCGCAGAUUCUAUGGCUCAACAACAGGCUCAAGCACAGCACCAACAAGCUCAGGCGCAGCUCCAACAAGCUCAUUGGCAGCACCAGCAAGCUCAUUCGCAUGCUGCAAUGCAGCCAAUGUCAGGGAUGA